AUGUCGCGUAGGGAGCUGCAGAAUAUUCUCAUUCCUCCUGGGCUUGAAGCCCGUGCGGAGGAUGGGCACGAUUCCCCUUCCAGCUCUCGCUCUUCCAGCCCUUCUUACUAUUCUCCUCAUGUGUGGCCAACUGAUACCCGCUAUGAACCAGCGCAGAUUCCUGUGAUCCCCCUCUCAACUCAAUUCACAAACUCGUCCUCCCAUGAUGAAAACCGCUCACCAGACGACUUUGACCCCUAUCUCCUCGUCGCCAGUAGACGCCCAUCUCCUCAUGUCGAAGACGUCCUCCCCUCACGCUCUCCCGAUCCGGUUGCCAAUGAGACCUUCGUUAUCGACUUCGAUGCCCGCGAAGGUCAAGGGCGACAGCAUACACGCGACCUUUCAAACACUUCCACGCAACCUGACACUCCUUUCGGCACCUCUCGUCCGUACAGAGACCGUUUUCCAUCCGACUGGGAGACAAGGCCUAUCAAGCUACCCCGCUCACGUUCGCCCAGUCUUUCGAGCUCUUCGAGCACCCCUUCGAGGAAAGGUGUCCGGAAGUUCUUACUCCGGCCCUCCCUCGCCUCGCUUUCCUCAAGGGACGGCCCUAGACAUUUCGAACGUCCCCAAUACAAACGGUUCAUCAUUCACCUCGCACUAUGUGGUGCGAUCUACCCAGCCCUCCUGGUUGCAACUAUCCUCGCCCAUGGCAAAACAAUCUUUUGGGCUCGAUUUAUUACGGCUGCUUUUACUCUGGCGGCUGGCCUGGCUUUAGCGUCGAGCCUAGUUGAAAUGGCGAAGAGGAUAGCUGAAGCAGCUGUAUGGGCGACAAUCAUACAUCAGACGAAGUUCGAGGGGAGCCCUGGUAUCCGAAUGAAGGACUUGGUUGGGUAUGCGCGGAGUAUGGGUAGUGCGUGGUCUGGUCUGUGUCUGCUGUGGGACAGACAUGCGUACCCGGGCGCAGAUAGGGAUACCAGGAAACGAUAUGACUCUCGUCACUGGCCGCUCUACAUCUGGUUUUAUGUCCUAGUGACUACUUUCAGUCUGAUCCUACCCUUCUUACUCGGUCGUGCUGUGGACAUCGAUGUCGAGGCUGUUGAAGCGCUGAAACCCUUCAAUGUUGCCGUUUCUAACGGGGACCUUUCAGAUCUCGAUGUCGAACGCCUGCGGUCGCAAGGUGCUAUGUUGUCGGUGGAUUCGGCUUUACGGUGGACCCUAUUUACACCUCAAGGCGAUCCACUGCCAGUAGCCCUUCAGUCGGCCAACCAUACUGUCUAUUUUUCUCCACCGGACACUCUUGAAAUAGAUGGACUUGUACCAAAACCCAUAGAGUCAGGUCUGUUGCGGGUUCCACGCUGGGGCAUACGAAUUAACUGUGUGCCCCUUUCCAACGGGAAAGUGAACGUCGUUCCGAGAGCGGAAUCGGGUGCAGCAUAUGUCUUCACGACACGCGAAGACCUGCAGGCCAUGUUCCCCGAGCUCAGUAUCCCAGUGCCGGAGCACCGUUCCAGGCCGUUGAUCUACUCGUCCGUUAUGGCUCCUAAUGAUAGUUUACCUGCUGGUAUGGAUUUGGAAAGCAUCGUACUUGGAGCCCGAUUCAAUGAUACGGGCGAAUCAUUGUCUGUUGCACAAAUGUUUCCUUACCAUGCCAGCGAAAGGUUUCUCGCAUUCAGCACCACGCUAAUCCGGCUAAAUACCGCAUUCGCUCCGAACGGCGAUUUCAGUCAUUCUAUCAGUAUUUCCUCCGGCGAAGUUGGCUACGAUGCGGUCAAUUGCCUUCAGGUAUACGAGCCAUGGUUGGUUGAAAUUCACUACGCCAAUAAUCUGCCACCGAAAAUGACUAGAAUAUUGGAGAAAAAGCCGUUGGGUGAUGCGAAGGGUGAUAUCCCGGAUGGUGUUGCCAGAAGCCUUGAUUCGCGAAGAAUGAGUAACGUGUUCGAUAUCUUACAGCAAAAUGGGAUCAACGGGAUGUUGAAGGAUUAUAACGUGGCUGGUUCAUCGCGUUAUGCCCCGUCGCCUUCGAUUAUCUCAUUGACGGAUGGCGAGCUGCAACCCCUGGGAUAUACUCAACUCGAUGCAACGAGAUACGCGCAUCAGAAAGCACAGUCAGACGCGAAAUACGUCCUAUCGCAUCUCUCUGGAGCGGAGCCGCUGGCAGCCCAGUGGUAUCCUUAUGAAAAUCUGGCCACGGCUUCAAUCAACGCAAUCUGGUUCAGCGUCACGCUCGGUAUAAGCAUAGCUCUAGGAACCGUCGCCGCCUUUUGCACGCCGACACUUCCACUAUCCCAUCCUAGACGUGGUUUGGAUCUGUAUUCGGUCUUCUCUGCCCUGUACACUCGAGAGCUGCUGAGCACGAGGACCGGGAGGCUGCGGAGACAGAUGGAACUGGAAGAGAUCGAGGAGAUAUUGAGAGAUAGUAGAGUCCGUUUUGUCAACUAA